AUGGCAGGAGUGGAUGACAGCGAAUUGAAGGAAUGCGACGAAGCGUUGGAAGUCUCACCGUGGAGAGACUCAGCUGUCAAGGCGGAGAAGAUGGAGGAUCAGGAGGAGGAGACGGAGGAUGAGGGGCAGCAGCAGCAGGAGCAGGAGCAAGAGCAACAGCAUGAGCAACAGCAGGAGCAGCAGCAGCAGCAGAGGUUGAAGCCGUCAGAUUCAGCCGUUGUUGCAUCCGUAUUCACCAGUGAAGCGUCACACGGUAGGAAAAUCAUGCCAGCUGUGCAGGCGGGUAGGGUGCAGCAGCAGCUCCGGGCAGUGGAGAGGGAGUUGAACGCGCUGGGGGAUACGCUCAUGGCGCUGAAAGGCGGGGAAAGCGGAGGAGCGGACACGGGUUACACGGGGUUGGGUGGGAGUAUGGUUCCGUUGAAUGGUGGAGGGAGAAGUGGGGGGAGUGGAAGGGGAGAAGGGGAGGGUGCAAAGGAGGAUGAGGGGAAGGGGAAGGGGAAAGGGAAGGGGAAGGUGGAGGCGACAAUGCUGAUGGAUGACGUGGAUGAUUUUGAUUCGGCGCUGGAUGGUGCUGCUGCGACUGGGUUUGUGGAAACGGAGCUGGAUCGGCUCAUUCUCCUGGGUCUCAUCACGCCCUUCGCACAGCUCAAGGGCUUUGACAAGGCCGAGCGGGAUCGGCUCAUUCGCCUGGGUCUCAUCACGCCUUUUGCACAGCUCAAGGGCUUUGACAAGGCUGUUCAAGGCGGAUGGGGAGGAGGCGGAGGAGGAGGAGAGGGGAGAGGAAGAGGGGGGAGGUGGAGGUGGGAGGAGAAGAAGAAGAAGAAGAAGAAGAAGAAGAAGAAGAAGAAGAAGAAGAAGAAGAAGAAGAAGAAGAAGAAGAAGAAGAAGAAGAAGAAGAAGAAGAAGAAGAAGAAGAAGAAGAAGAAGAAGAAGAAGAAGAAGAAGAAGAAGAAGAAGAAGAAGAAGAAGAAGAAGAAGAAGAAGAAGAAGAAGAAGAAGAAGAAGAAGAAGAAGAAGAAGAAGAAGAAGAAGAAGAAGAAGAAGAAGAAGAAGAAGAAGAAGAAGAAGAAGAAGAAGAAGAAGAAGAAGAAGAAGAAGAAGAAGAAGAAGAAGAAGAAGAAGAAGAAGAAGAAGAAGAAGAAGAAGAAGAAGAAGAAGAAGAAGAAGAAGAAGAAGAAGAAGAAGAAGAAGAAGAAGAAGAAGAAGAAGAAGAAGAAGAAGAAGAAGAAGAAGAAGAAGAAGAAGAAGAAGAAGAAGAAGAAGAAGAAGAAGAAGAAGAAGAAGAAGAAGAAGAAGAAGAAGAAGAAGAAGAAGAAGAAGAAGAAGAAGGAGCUGCAAGAGCGAGGAGGGGAGGAGGAGGAGGAGGAGGAGGAGGAGGAGGAGGAGGAGGAGGAGGAGGAGGAGGAGGAGGAGGAGGAGGAGGAGGAGGAGGAGGAGGAGGAAGAGGGGGAAGAGGGGGAAGUCCGGUUGCAGCGAGAGCUAUUCCUGGCCGUUGAUUGGGGGUACGCGAUACUCGACGAGGGCCAUCGGAUCAGGAACCCAGAUGCAGACACCACGAUUGCAUGCAAGCAGCUGCGCACGCCCCACCGCCUGCUGCUGAGUGGAUCGCCGAUUCAAAAUCGGCUGGACGAGCUCUGGUCGCUCAUGGACUUUGUCUACCCUGGCAGGCUGGGCACACUACCCGUGUUCUCAACCGAGUUUGCCCUUCCCAUUGCCAUUGGUGGUUACCUCAACGCCACUCCCCUCCAGGUCGCCACAGCUUACAAAUGCGCCGUUGUGCUUCGAGACGUGAUCUUGCCGUACCUCCUUAGGAGACUUAAAGCCGAUGUUGACAUUCAGCUGCCAGAAAUGAUAGAGCGAGUGCUCCUGCUGUUGUCACUCAGUGCCUCUUUUGCCUGCUUUCCUCUCCCCCAUCCCCUCUCCCCCAUCCCCUCUCCCCCAUCCCCUCUCCCCCAUCCCCUCUCCCCCAUCCCCUCUCCCCCUUCCCCUCCCUUUUUUUCCCGUUCCCUGCAGGUCGCCACAGCUUACAAAUGCGCUGUUGUGCUUCGAGGUCGCCACGGCAUACAAGUGCGCGGGUGUGCUUCGAGACGUGAUAUUGCCGUACCUACUCUGGAGAGGGGAGGUGCGAGUAAGGAAGAGGAGGAUCGAGAGGGGGUGAAGGAGGAGGGAGAAGUGGAGGGGAGGAGGACAAGGGGGAGGAGACGGGGUGAGAGAGAGCGAGGGAGGAGGGGAGAGGGAGAUUGCGAGGGUGUGAUAGGGAGUGAGGGAGGAGGGGGGAGGAAGGGAGUGAGGGAUGUGGUGGUUGAUCCUAGAGAGGGGGGACAGUGGGCCAAGUGGCGGGCGGCAGUGGUGGAGGAGGAGGGAGGGGAGGGAAGCAGAGGCAGCAACACGAGAAAGGGUGACCCUGAUUUCGGGAACCCUGAUCGAAGCUCCAAGCUGCAAGUGCUGGAUAAGAUACUCCAAGUGUGGAAAACGGAGGGGCACAGAGCUCUAGUUUUCUGCCAGACGCAGCAAAUGCUGGAUAUAGUCGAAUCCCUAGUGCUCAAUCGUAACUUGGGAUACAGACGAAUGGACGGCAGCACGCCGCCCGGGCUCCGGGCGGCGCUGAUCGACGAGUUCAACAGCGGGGAGGGCGGCGUGUUUGUCUUCUUGCUAACCACUAGGCAUUUUUUUGGGGAAUUUUAG